GGAUCCUCGGCAUCGAUACCACUCGUCCUGGCAUUCACACGGCAUCGACUCCUUCUACGCUACGGCUCUCUACACCGCAGCUUCUCUAGCAUGGCGUCAAGACCGCCUUCGCCAUCCCAGGCGGGGCCAACGAAGCAGCGUCACCAUCCUUUGCUGCAACGUCCUCUAUACGCCUUCCACCUUCCGCCAACGAUCCUCGAACACAUCAAGCUCAGAUCAAUAGACGUAGAGCCAGCGGCAAUAGCACCAGCAGCACGCAAUACUACCCAGGCGACAACAACCUCCAUCUCUGCAUCUGCGCCCUCCUCCACCGGCCUCACCUGCACCCUCUGCGCUUCACACCCAACCUUCGCCUCUCCAGCACACCAACGCGCCCACUUCCGCAGCGACUGGCAUCGAUACAACCUACAGCUCACGCUGAAGGCACCCAAGGGUACUGCACCGCCAGUAGUCGAUGAGAAGCAAUGGGAGGCAUUCGUCGAGGACCUGCCGAGUGAUGAUGAGAGUGGUGCGAAUACGCCUGCCACAAGCGAUGAAGAGGGAGCCGGAGGGACGCCCCAAAAGGCGGCUGAUCUCGUGUCACAAGUGAUGCGCAAGCUCAACAUCGGGACUAAUGGCAGGUCGGACGGGGCAAAUGGAGCAGCAGACGAGGACAGCGACCUCGAAGACGAAGAGUUCGAUGCUGAUGGCAGGCCGCGUCGCAGCGUGACCGCUAAGUCGGCCCUGCUGUGGUUCACUACCCCAGCGCCAGACUCAAACACUCCAGCUCUGCUCGAGCAAACCCAGCUCGGCAUGUACCGCACCCUCUUCCCCGACCCGGCCUCCAAGUCUGUCGAGCAUCUCCAGUCACAAGCGGCCGCAGACCCAGCAGGAUGGCAUCUCGCUGCGCUCAAGGGCAUGCAGAGCGAGCCUCUUAGGCGGCCAGCGGCACAUAAGGGUAGCAAGGGGGGAUGGAGAGGAAAGAGACUCAAGGGAAUGGACGAAGCUGCAGGUCUGCUCGGAAUCAGUUUCUUGGAGGGCGAAGGAUUCAUUCCUGGCCUGGUCACGCGGGUCGGGCAGGAGGCGAGCAAGCAUGCUGAUCUCGAGGAGGACGAGGAAGAGUCGGAUGGGGAGAUUAGCUCUUCUUCGGACGAGGAGGAGGAAGUGCAGUCAGACCUUGCAUCUACGGCCUCCUCAGUGCCCCGCGGCAUCGACCCUCCCCUUCGCACUUGGACCAUCAUCCUCUUCGGCGGAGGCCACUUCUCUGCAGCGGUCGUAGCACUCAAUCCCUACCUUCCACCUAGGGCAGCCACAAAGAACAGGCCGCUGCCGGCUCCGGGCAGCGAUGAGGAGAUCUUGAACGAGGAUCGCUGCAUAGUCGUGUUGGCGCACAAGGCCUUCCAUCGCUACACGACGCGAAGGAAGCAGGGUGGGGCGCAGUCUACGCAAGACGCGACAGGCCGAUUCGCCAAGUCUGCGGGUGCGCAGCUGCGUAGAGCGGGGGAGGCUGCCCUCGCGGAGGAAACAAGAGCGCUUUUGGGGAUGAGAGGUUGGCGCAAGCUUGUGGGGGAGAGCGAGCGAAUCUACGUCCGGGCCAACGCUCGAGCAGCAAGGGGCAUCCUGUGGAGUUGGCCUGGCGCCUCAGGAGCAGACAUGGCUCAUACAGCCUCGCCGCUCGAAGGACCGCGCUCAGAUGGGAGACUCUGCACCAUUCCCUUUUCCACUCGUAGCAGCAAGGCCACAGUAGGAGAAUGCUUGCGCGUCUUCGCUGAGCUGUCCCGCGUCAAGAUCGCGCGACGUACUGAGGCAGAGCUACAAGAGGAGGACGAGACCUAUCGCCGUUCGCUCGCAAGUAAUGAUGCAAGCGCCAGAGAGGAGCUGAAGAAGCGCCGUGCUCGAGAAAGGGAGGAGAGGGAGAAGGGGAUGAAAGCCGCGAGAGAGGAGGCGAGACGGAAGCGAGAGAUGAGGGGCAGUAUGAGUGGAGAGGAGAAGAAGAAGAGAGAAAGGGUCGAGAGGCUGGUGGAUAUGGUGAGGCGCGGAAGGAUCCAACCAUUGGCCAACCUGUGGGAAAAGCACGGUGCUGAACUGCUUGAGGGCGGCGUUCAGGCAGAUAUCAACGCCCCUCUCCCGGCGUGGUGGAGGGCCAGCGAGUUGACGCCCAGCAAGGACGGCGUCGCUUCGCAGAAAGCGCAACUGGUUCCGUCGACUCUCCUUCAGCUGGCGGCAGAAGCAGGCCAAGCAGAUGUGAUUCAGUGGCUCCUGGUAGAGAAGAGGGCUGACCCGACGAUUGGCAUUCCACCACCCCCGGCAGAGCAAGCUGCAGUGCCAGACAGCGCUGAGGCACCCCAAUACUGGUCACACCGUACAGCCUACGACCUUCUUCCUUCCUCCUCUCGGCCAGCGCGCAACGUCUUCCGCCGCCUGUUCGCACAACAGCCAGAUUGGUACGAUUGGGCUGGCACCGGCGUGGGUGGGGCGCGAGUGGAAAGCGCAUUGACGGAGGAGAUGGAGGGCAAUCAAAACAGAAGGAGACAGAAUAUGAGGGAGAAGGCUCGCGCGAGACAGGAGGCCGCAGAGGCCAAGAAAGAGAAGAAUGCCGCUGCUGCUCCUUCUCCUCAACCGGAGCCUGUGAUUCCAGCACCAGCGCCCGUCGCGUCGUCCACGACGAAGAAUAGGCUCGGUGGUCCCGGUCCUGCAGGCGGUAGCACUGCGCCGAGAGCUCUGCAGCAGCAUGUGGAUAAGAUGGAGGGUGUCAGCCCGGAGAUGAGGAUGAGAAUCGAAAGGGAGAAGAGGGCUCGGGCGGCUGAGGAGAGGAUGAAGAGGUUGCAGGGCCAGUAGACGGCUGUGGGCUUUUGAUAAUAGAAUGGAGCGACGGCUCUACAUCGCAAUCUCCUUCGACUCUUCGAACGCUCGCGCAUCUGCUUUCUGCCUCCUGAGGCUCCUCUCAAUGAUCGUCCAUCCGGGGUUCGCGGCGCUGAUGAGCCAACCAGACUGGGCCAACCGUUCCAAGGACCGUGGCCUCCGCUUUGCGACGACUCUUCAGGGGGAGCCGUCGUCCACUCCAUUGCUCAUCUGGUGAGGCAGGCGGAUAAGUGCCUGGUCGCACCGG